ACCCUAGAAAACACAAAGAUGGGUGGCCUUACGCAUCUCAUCGUCUUGGUCUCCAUGUUUGCAGCCAUAACUCUGAUAUCAGAAGCACAGUACCUUAUUCCUGUCACCAAACACGAACCCACCAAACAAUAUUACGCCACUGUCAAUAUCGGAUUCGGCGGAAUGUCGUCUCCCGUAAACCUCCUCCUCGAUCUCGAAACCAACCUAACGUGGCUCAACUGCCGCAAAAUCAGAUUAUUAUCAUCCCUCCACGUCGUCACUUGCAAGAGCUCCACCUGCAAAUCACUCCCCGGCAAUGGCUGCGACAGGACCAACGCCUGUCUUUACACCCAACCAGGUCCUCUCGGCCAAAACCCCGUCGGCCGUGUAGCUCAAGACAACGCCACCAUCUUCACUACACAAGUCGGAAAACCAAUCUCCAUAGCCCCUUCCCGCCGCUUCACAUUCUCCUGCGCCGUCGAGAAAUACCUCCAAGGACUCGCCCCUCGCGUCGCCGGAGUUCUCGCUCUUUCUCCCGGAGAGUUUCCGUUCUGGAGACAGAUUGCGUCAGCGUAUAACGUCAUCCCCAAGUUUGCUCUCUGCUUGCCUUCUUCCGGCCUCGGCCUCGGGUCCUUCUAUAUCGGCACCCAUUCGUUCGGUGGCAGUAAACCCGUUCCCAUGACUUUGACGCCGUUGAAAAUUGACUCGGGAAAAUAUAUAAUCUCUUUUACGUCGAUCCACGUUGACGGAGUACCGUUAGCGUUGGAACCAAGUUUGCUUGAGGGCGGAGCCAAGCUCAGUACGGUGGUUACGUACACCCUACUUCAAACCGAUAUCUACAAUGCUCUUGCUCAGUCUUUUACCCUAAAAGCAAAGAAAAUAGAAAUGUCUGAGACCCAAGGACACGCGCCAUUUAAACACUGUUUCGAAGAAGGUGCUUCAGGGAAGAACAUGGAUGUGUCAGUGAUGGAAAUUGGGUUACCAGGGAAUGGAAAGGAGGUGAAGUGGAGGUUUCAAGGUGCGAAUAUGGUGGAGAGAGUUUCGGAGACGGUUAUUUGUUUGGCGUUCGUCGACGGAGGAAGCAAACCUAAUGAGUCGAUGGUUAUUGGGACACAUCAGCUUGAAAACUAUUUGAUCGAAUUUGAUUUAAGCACCACGCGAAUAGCUUUUAGUGACCCACUCGUGCUCCAUAACGUGAGCUGCUCCAAGUCUUCAUAAAAUCAAUCACACAUGACCUUAAGAGAUCCUCUUUGCCACCUCAGCUUUUACUUGUGUGUUCCAAUCAAAAACUUGAAUAAAACUAUCAACAUUUUUUUUAAAUGUAUCGUUUAUUUUCCUUUCUUAUAAGUUAAUAUUCCCCUAAUGUUUAAGAAUUUCGCAUGCAAAUUUUUUUGUGUUAUUUUACAA